UUGAAUGACCAGUCAACACGACAACCGGGAGCAAAGCGCGCGUUCCUUUCAAAAACUCGUCGUUUCGUUUCAAAAACUUUGUGUUGUUUCUUCGUUUCAAAGACUUGUGUUUUGUUUCAAAAAUGUAUUGCGAUUGGCCUACACUUGGAAGGUGCUGCUUCUGCAUGCCUUUAAGGAGAGGUGUACUUACAUUUGGAUACAUUAAUCUUGUCUUCAGUGCGUUCAUGAUCGGAGUCUACAGUUAUGCAGUCCACUCCAGCUUCGAGAUGUUCGCUUUAUACCACGGCACUAGUGUGGGCAUCACGAUACCAGAGGGCGUGUGUGUCGCCAUCUACUGCAUAGAAUUUGUCUUCACUGUCGCCCUGCUGUAUGGAGCACAUAUGAAACUAAUGGAGUACGUCAAAGCUUACUACUACUUCGCUAUUACAACAACAGUCGCAGCGAUACUCAUACAACUGAUAGACUUCGCGGCAGCCUCCACCAGCCACCUCGGGUUGUACAUGGUGUUUGAAACUAUGCCGUUGAUGUUGGCGGGAGCAUGCAUCCAACUCUACCUCAUAAUCUUGAUAAGGAGUCUUUUAAAGAAGAUGGAGGUGUCAGGCCCUCAGGGCUACGAGAACCAGCUCCAGCAGAUCGUGUACGAUGGGAAAGUGGAAACCAAUGGAGUGUAUGAUACUACUGUGGUUCCAGUAGAACUAUAGGCUUAGGAUUAACCCAAAUAAUUAGCCAAAGAGACUAAAUAUUUGUAUAACCUCUCGUUGCCAAAA